AUGCCUCGCGGCCCGCCGUCGUCCACUGGGUCCGCGUGGCGGGACACGGCGCUGCUGCUUGUCGGCGCGCUGCUCUCGCUCGCGCAACACAGCACACCCUCGGUGCUGCCCGCGGUUGCUGCUGCCCCAGUGACCCCAGGCGCCACCCCCAACAGCUUCUACCGCUACCACUACCACGUGCGCCGCCUCCCGCCCUUCCUGCGCAACCACCUCGCGCGUGCACAAGGCCAGGGGGGAGGGGGUGUUGGAGGGGGGGAAGGAGGCGGAGAGGGGAGCAGCGCUGCCGCCAUGGCCGCGGCGAAGGCGCGCAGCAGCGCGUGGGGCAAGGAGAUGCGCGGACGUGGGCGGACGGGCAAGAGGCGGCCGUGGGUGGAUGUGUCGUGGGCCAAUCACAGGCCGUUGGCUCAGGUGUACGAAGCUGAUUGGCCCGCCAGCGCGGAGGAGGCGGGGAUGACGGUCGACGGCGGCAGGGGCGCGGGCAGUGGCGCAUGGCCGUUCGCUGAGCCGCGCAUCAGCCCCCAGGCGAUCAGGCAGCCGCCAUCCAGCGGGUUACCAUGCACGCUGCUCACCACAGCCAUCACCAUCCGAGUCACCUCAGAGGGCGACUUCCCCCGCCGCCUGCAGAACCACAUCCUGCUCACGGCCCCGCUCGUGUUCAACGCCUCCUUCGCCUGCACCGUGCUGCGCUCCGCCCCCCGCCCCGCACGCGGGUUCCAGCUCACGCUCAUGCGCACGGACGCGCCGCUGCUGCGGAUAGCGGGCGCCAGCAACGUGCUGGUGCUGCACGUCUCCUUCUUCCAGCCCUACGCGCUUGACACCACCGCCUGCCAGGGCAUCCCGUACAUGGGCACUGACGUCAUCUGCCCUGCCAUCCACAUCUACCAGGCGGCCAACGUGCAGGUGGCACGGGGCACGGUGUACGGGCGGGUGGACGUGUAUUGGUCGGUGGCGGUGCGAGUGGACGGCAUGAAGCUCGCGCGUCCCCAUGCUGCUGCCAGCUCGCGCGUCCCCAUGCUGCUGCCAGCUCGCGCGUCCCCAUGCUGCUGCCAGCUCGCGCGUCCCCAUGCUGCUGCCAGCUCGCGCGUCCCCAUGCUGCUGCCAGCUCGCGCGUCCCCAUGCUGCUGCCAGCUCGCGCGUCCCCAUGGUACUGUUGGCAGCAGCAGGCAGCAGGGGCGACGGUGCGCACCACCCCGUGCUCAUCCGCGCCUUCAUCUUCCUUGUCACGCGCGCCUGCCUCACACCACGCCUCCCCUCCCUUCCCUCCCUUUCCUCCCCCCCUCCCUCCUCUCCCUCCCGUCCCUGCCCCCCGUCCCUGUCGCCAUACCCCCAGGCGCGCGCUUCCCAAUAGUGCUCUAUUUCGGUGCGGUGGGAGUGACGGUGAGCAACAACUACGUGCACGACUUCAUAUUUGCGGGCAUCGUGUACGGUGCGUUCGUGUCGUACGUGGGCGACUGCAUGCUGGCCACCAUAUCCAACAACCUGGUGGUGGCCACGGGGCGCAACAUCAGCGGGGACAUGGACGCCUCCGGCAUCUACUUCAACACCCACUGGUUCAACCCCGGCAACCUAGCGGAGUGCAACUACGUGAUUGGCGGCGACCAGUGCUACUACCUCGACUUUGCAUCGUCGGGUGUCACCAUCCGGGGAGGCGCGUGCAUUGACACGUAUGCGGGCAUGAAGGUCAACAACGGCAAGAGCAACGUGAUAGAGGAUGUGAUUAUAAAGAACACACGGUGGACACCAGGUUGGUCGACAUGCCUGCCAGCAGAGGUGGUGAACUGCGGCAAGAAGCCCGGGUCAUACUGGGAGCAGAUGCGACGUAAAUACUACAACUCGGCCCAGAUGAACCAGAACUGGCCGUGGAUGCAAACAGCGUGUUCCGAGACGGGAGUGUACGGCGUGCCAUGCAACACCAACGCGCGUGGCACGCUCAACGCAACGCAGACGGGCAAGUGCAGCGGUCUCCCUACGCGCAACUCGCUCAUGCUCGUGCUCGUGAGCGCACUCGACUACGACAUGGACUUCAAGUACUGUGAGGACCUGCCCAACACGCCGCGCCUCAACUCGCACCGCUACAUCAACGUCACGAGUGUCGCCGACGCGCAGUUCCUGGAUUUCGUGGAGGACGAUUUGGGGAAGGAAAAGGACACGAUGGAAGAGGCGGGUGAGGAGGCCAGGGCCAGUUGUCAUCCCGGCCCUGCAUCCGCGCACCGCACACCAGCAUUUCUUCGAAUGUGCAGGGGAAAGCAAGGGCACUAUCCAAGGGCAUGGAGCAAAGCAGGUGGCAGUAUGAGCAGAGCAGGAAUGGUGAGAGGCGCCGUGGUGCCGCACCUCACAGAACGUGAGAGUGCAGCACGAGUUGGUGCGCAUCAGCGCCAUGCCGUGCGAUGCACACCACACGGUGCGCUCCCAGCACCUCCUCCACCUGCCAUCAUGCCGUGGUGGGUGGGGCGCAUGGUGUGUGGGGUGCAUGGUGGAUGCAUGGUGCUGAGAUGCAUGGUGCUGAGAUGCAUGGUGCUGAGACGCAUGGUGCUGAGAUGCAUGGUGCUGAGAUGCAUGGUGCUGAGAUGCAUGGUGCCUGAGAUGCAUGGUGCUGAGAUGCAUGGUGCUGAGAUGCAUGGUGCUGAGAUGCAUGGUGCUGAGAUGCAUGGUGCUGAGAUGCAUGGUGCUGAGAUGCAUGGUGCUGAGAUGCAUGGUGCUGAGAUGCAUGGUGCUGAGAUGCAUGGUGCUGAGAUGCAUGGUGCUGAGACGCAUGGUGCUGAGAUGCAUGGUGCUGAGAUGCAUGGUGCUGAGAUGCAUGGAGCAGGUGGAUGGAGGGUGCAGGAGCAGGUGGAUGGAGGGUGCAGGAGCAGGUGGAUGGAGGGUGCAGGAGCAGGUGGAUGGAGGGUGCAGGAGCAGGUGGAUGGAGGGUGCAGGAGCAGGUGGAUGGAGGGUGCAGGAACAGGUGGAUGGAGGGUGCAGGAGCAGGUGGAUGGAGGGUGCAGGAGCAGGUGGAUGGAGGGUGCAGGAGCAGGUGGAUGGAGGGUGCAGGAGCAGGUGGAUGGAGGGUGCAGGAGCAGGUGGAUGGAGGGUGCAGGAGCAGGUGGAUGGAGGGUGCAGGAGCAGGUGGAUGGAGGGUGCAGGAGCAGGUGGAUGGAGGGUGCAGGAACAGGUGGAUGGAGGGUGCAGGAGCAGGUGGAUGGAGGGUGCAGGAGCAGGUGGAUGGAGGGUGCAGGAACAGGUGGAUGGAGGGUGCAGGAGCAGGUGGAUGGAGGGUGCAGGAGCAGGUGGAUGGAGGGUGCAGGAACAGGUGGAUGGAGGGUGCAGGAGCAGGUGGAUGGAGGGUGCAGGAGCAGGUGGAUGGAGGGUGCAGGAGCAGGUGGAUGGAGGGUGCAGGAGCAGGUGGAUGGAGGGUGCAGGAGCAGGUGGAUGGAGGGUGCAGGAGCAGGUGGAUGGAGGGUGAAGGAGCAGGUGGAUGGAGGGUGCAGAAACAGGUGGAUGGAGGGUGCAGGAGCAGGUGGAUGGAGGGUGCAGGAGCAGGUGGAUGGAGGGUGCAGGAACAGGUGGAUGGAGGGUGCAGGAGCAGGUGGAUGGAGGGUGCAGGAGCAGGUGGAUGGAGGGUGCAGGAGCAGGUGGAUGGAGGGUGCAGGAGCAGGUGGAUGGAGGGUGCAGGAGCAGGUGGAUGGAGGGUGCAGGAGCAGGUGGAUGGAGGGUGCAGGAGCAGGUGGAUGGAGGGUGCAGGAACAGGUGGAUGGAGGGUGCAGGAGCAGGUGGAUGGAGGGUGCAGGAGCAGGUGGAUGGAGGGUGCAGGAGCAGGUGGAUGGAGGGUGCAGGAGCAGGUGGAUGGAGGGUGCAGGAACAGGUGGAUGGAGGGUGCAGGAGCAGGUGGAUGGAGGGUGCAGGAGCAGGUGGAUGGAGGGUGCAGGAGCAGGUGGAUGGAGGGUGCAGGAGCAGGUGGAUGGAGGGUGCAGGAGCAGGUGGAUGGAGGGUGCAGGAGCAGGUGGAUGGAGGGUGCAGGAGCAGGUGGAUGGAGGGUGCAGGAACAGGUGGAUGGAGGGUGCAGGAGCAGGUGGAUGGAGGGUGCAGGAGCAGGUGGAUGGAGGGUGCAGGAGCAGGUGGAUGGAGGGUGCAGGAGCAGGUGGAUGGAGGGUGCAGGAGCAGGUGGAUGGAGGGUGCAGGAGCAGGUGGAUGGAGGGUGCAGGAGCAGGUGGAUGGAGGGUGCAGGAGCAGGUGGAUGGAGGGUGCAGGAACAGGUGGAUGGAGGGUGCAGGAGCAGGUGGAUGGAUGGGGUGCAGGAGCAGGUGGAUGGAGGGUGCAGGAGCAGGUGGAUGGAGGGUGCAGGAACAGGUGGAUGGAGGGUGCAGGAGCAGGUGGAUGGAGGGUGCAGGAGCAGGUGGAUGGAGGGUGCAGGAGCAGGUGGAUGGAGGGUGCAGGAGCAGGUGGAUGGAGGGUGCAGGAGCAGGUGGAUGGAGGGUGCAGGAGCAGGUGGAUGGAGGGUGCAGGAGCAGGUGGAUGGAGGGUGCAGGAGCAGGUGGAUGGAGGGUGCAGGAGCAGGUGGAUGGAGGGUGCAGGAGCAGGUGGAUGGAGGGUGCAGGAACAGGUGGAUGGAGGGUGCAGGAGCAGGUGGAUGGAGGGUGCAGGAGCAGGUGGAUGGAGGGUGCAGGAGCAGGUGGAUGGAGGGCGCAGGAACAGGUGGAUGGAGGGUGCAGGAGCAGGUGGAUGGAGGGUGCAGGAGCAGGUGGAUGGAGGGUGCAGGAGCAGGUGGAUGGAGGGUGCAGGAACAGGUGGAUGGAGGGUGCAGGAGCAGGUGGAUGGAGGGUGCAGGAGCAGGUGGAUGGAGGGUGCAGGAGCAGGUGGAUGGAGGGUGCAGGAGCAGGUGGAUGGAGGGUGCAGGAGCAGGUGGAUGGAGGGUGCAGGAGCAGGUGGAUGGAGGGUGCAGGAGCAGGUGGAUGGAGGGUGCAGGAACAGGUGGAUGGAGGGUGCAGGAGCAGGUGGAUGGAGGGUGCAGGAGCAGGUGGAUGGAGGGUGCAGGAGCAGGUGGAUGGAGGGUGCAGGAGCAGGUGGAUGGAGGGUGCAGGAGCAGGUGGAUGGAGGGUGCAGGAGCAGGUGGAUGGAGGGUGCAGGAGCAGGUGGAUGGAGGGUGCAGGAGCAGGUGGAUGGAGGGUGCAGGAACAGGUGGAUGGAGGGUGCAGGAGCAGGUGGAUGGAGGGUGCAGGAGCAGGUGGAUGGAGGGUGCAAGAGCAGGUGGAUGGAGGGUGCAGGAGCAGGUGGAUGGAGGGUGCAGGAGCAGGUGGAUGGAGGGUGCAGGAGAAGGUGGAUGGAGGGUGCAGGAGCAGGUGGAUGGAGGGUGCAGGAGCAGGUGGAUGGAGGGUGCAGGAGCAGGUGGAUGGAGGGUGCAGGAGCAGGUGGAUGGAGGGUGCAGGAACAGGUGGUUGGAGGGUGCAGGAGCAGUUGGAUGGAGGGUGCAGGAACAGCUCUGCACUGGGAUUCCUGCCACCACCGCCGCCGUCACUACUGUCGCUGCGAUCCCGUGCGUCAUCGCCGCCGCACCUCGACUUCGGCUCCUCGCGUUCGUCGCCGGCUGACGCUGGUGCUGCGGACGACCUUGCCGGAGCUGUUUCUAACGAGGUUGAUGCUGCAGCAGCGGCGACACACGCGGUGGCGGCUGCAGCGGCGCGCAGUGCGGGGAGGCGAGCUCGGAGCAUGGAGGUGAAGGCGCCAGCCAUCGCGUGUCCUCUGGAUGGACGGAAACGAGAACGGAACACAAUUGAAUGCGUCACGACUCACGUGAGCCAUGGAGAUUGCGGAUUGUCAACCGCUGGACUGUGA